AUGGAACAUUUGAACUGCCGCGGCCCUCAGCGCCCCGCCUAUGGAAUCCUCGCCAUUGGAAGAAGGGUUAUGCAGCCGGUUGUCCGGGAGGAGUUUGCGAGUAAGACGAUGAUCACUGUUGCGCAUCGCCUGAGAACUAUUCUGGUGGUGAUUUGGUGGUAG